UUAAGUUUGUAAUUGGUAAUGUAAAGUUAAUGGGUGGGAAUUAUUACUGUGCAACCUUGGGGUGAGUAAUGUGAAGCUCUUAAGGGGCCGUGGGACGGAAGUAUUGUAGUUUUGUAGUUCGUUCUGUGCUGCGAAGUGGUGAGUUAUACUCAGCACCGGGUCGAAUGUGGAUUUUCCUAGUGUAAUGGUUUCGAGACACUGUCCAACUCUGUGGUUUUUAUCAUGGCAGAACUAAAACGCUGUUUUAGGACGUUGCUAUCAAAAGAAAAGAUGUGGCCUGUUGAUCUUUGGUUUGGAGUAUCUAGCUAAAAUGCUUGCUGUUAUUACCUCUAGUUGACAACUAUUUCUUGUUGUGACACCACUCUUCUAGUGGAUAAACAACCAAGGACAUUUCACUGUGUUGCUGGAAGGUGCCAGUUCAGGAAAAGUAGAUUGGAGUUUAUUAGUCUGUAAUGGAGAAGCCACCAUUUCGUCAGAUUCAAGUAUUUGGCUCAUGGGAGAUGAAAGAGAGAAUUGGAACAGGAGGAUUUGGAAAUGUGUUUAUGUACCAGAAUAAGGAUACAGAUGAAAAAAUUGCAAUUAAAGCUUGUCGUUUGGAGCUGAGUCCAAAGAACAGAGAACGGUGGUGCCAUGAAAUUCAGAUUAUGAAAAAACUGAACCACACUAAUGUGGUUACAGCUCGGGAAGUUCCAGAGGAAAUGAGCAGUGUUGCCUUCAACGAUGUGCCUCUUCUUGCUAUGGAGUAUUGCUCUGCAGGAGAUCUCCGAAAGGUUUUGAACAAGCCAGAGAACUGCUGUGGGCUUAAAGAAAGUCAGGUACUUUCUUUACUUUGUGACAUAGGAUUUGGUAUCCAGUACUUGCAUGAAAAUAGAAUUAUACAUAGAGAUCUAAAACCAGAGAACGUAGUACUUCAAAAUUUUGGUGGCAAGCUAGUACACAAAAUAAUUGAUCUGGGGUAUGCAAAAGACUUGGACCAGGGAAGCCUGUGCACUUCAUUUGUUGGCACAUUACAGUAUUUGGCACCAGAAUUAUUUGAAAGUAAUGCUUACACUGCAACAGUGGAUUAUUGGAGUUUUGGAACAAUGGUAUUUGAAUGCAUAACAGGAUUCCGUCCCUUCUUACACAAUUUGCAGCCUUUUCAGUGGCAUGAAAAAAUUAAAAAGAAGGAUGCAAAAUCUAUUUUUGCUACUGAAGACAUGACUGGGGAAAUUCAUUUUAGUUCUCACAUACCAUGGCCCAACAACUUGUCUGUCAUAAUGAAAGAGUACCUUGAAAAAUGGCUUCAGCUGAUGCUCAACUGGGAUUCAGGUCAAAGGGGAGGUGGCAUAGAUCCCUUACUCAGGCGGCCCAGAUGUUUCGUACUUAUGGACCAGAUUUUAAGUCAGAAGAUUGCACAUGUAUUGAACAUGACAUCUGCCACAAUUCUUUCCUUUUCCUUGAAGCCUGAUGAGAGUUUGCACUCCCUCCAAGCACGCAUUAAGUCUGAAACUGGAAUAGCUCCAUGUAACCAAGAGCUGCUUCUAGAAACAGGAAUUUCCUUGGAUCCCAGAAAACCUGCUUCUCAGUGUGUGAUAGAUGGUGUGAGAGGCUGGGAUGGCUAUAUGGUUUAUUUAUUUGACAAAAGCAAAACUGUUUACGAUGGCCCAUUUGCCUCAAGAAGCCUGCCAGAACAUGUAAACUACAUUGUGCAAGAAAGUAAAAUCCAGCUACCUAAUGCGCAGUUGCGAAAAGUUUGGGCACAAGCAGUACAUUAUGUUUCUGGAUUAAAGCAAGAUUAUAGUAAGCUGUUCCAAGGUCAGAGGGCAGCAAUGCUAAGCCUUCUUAGGUACAACAGUAACCUCACAAAAAUGAAGGUCGGUAUGUUUUCUGCAUCUCAACAGUUGAAAGCCAAACUUGAAUUCUUCCAGCACAGCAUUCAACGUGAUCUUGAAAAGUACAGUGACCAGAUGUCCUAUGGUAUAUCUUCUGAGAAGAUGCUUAAAGCCUGGAAAGAGAUGGAGGAAAAAGCUACAACUUGUGGAGAGGCUGCUGAAACUGGUCACCUGGAUGAGCAAAUCAUGGCACUACAUACAGAAAUUGUGGAGCUGCAGAGAAGCCCAUAUGCCAGGCGUCAAGGAGAUGUAAUGGAAAAUCUAGAAGCAAAGGCUAUAGAACUUUAUAGGCAACUAAAGGCACGGCCUAAAGAUCAACAUUCAUACUCUGACAGUACAGAAAUGGUAAAGAUCAUUGUACAGACAGUUCAGAGCCAGGACCGAGUUCUCAAGGAAUUAUUUGGACAUCUCAGCAAACUUUUAGCCAGUAAACAGAAGAUCAUUGAUCUCCUCCCAAAAAUUGAAGGUGCUCUUACUAACAUCAAGGAGAUGGACAACACUGUCAUGCAGAUGCAAGCAAAGAGGCAAAGAGAAAUCUGGCAUUUACUCAAAAUUGCUUGUACUCAGAGUUCUGCUCGAUCUCUUGGGAAUGCUAGCCUAGAAACUGCAAGUACACCAAACACUCCAGCAUGGAUACAGCAUGGACAACCAUUUACUUCACCAGGAAGUGUGCCUCAUCCAUUGUCGUCUUUGACAAUUCCUAGAGACAGGGAGUUCUUGACACAGAUGAUAGAGGAAAAUCGGAUGACCCUUAAUAAUUUUAACAGUAUAAUUGAAGAAGCCAAACGCGAGCAAAACAAUAGUAUUAUGAGCCUGGACUGGUGUUGGCUUUCUUCUUAAGAGUUGCAGUUUUUAAGUUUCAGCACUUCUCACAACUGACCAUGGCUUUCUGUGGAGAUUACCAGAAUAAAUUUGCGGUGGCAUGUACAAUGAUCUACAAGUUUAAAGACUCUGUACAGUUUUACAGAAACCGUAAGAUUGCAUCUGUUAUGAUGAUCUAAAAUUCUUCACAUUGUGGAGUGCCAGUAUCAAACAAAAAAAUGAUAGUGUGCUGAGUUUAAAGGUAGCUUUUUAGUUAUUUUUCUCUCUGUGAUUUGUCCCCCCCCCCUUUGCCUGUUGACCAUGAGCUCUCCAUUUCUCUUGGUCAGUCCAUUCAUCCAUCUAGGGCAAGAGUCACCCAUAUGAACCAUCAUGCAGGCAACAAUCGGGGGUUUUCUGUUUAUGGCCUAACCCAUUCCUGGAAGGGGGAUGUGUGACCUACAUCACUGAGGGGCCACCAUGCCUUCCCUUUAUGACUGUGUGCUUCUGUGCACCUACAGUGAAAGCUACCCCAAAACAGCUUAGUGAGCUGCACAUAUUCCUAGGGUUGCUCCUGUGUCUGCCACCUCUCCUCUAAGGAGCAUUGUCCCUCCUUGCACCUGAAUUGUCGCACCAGAAUGGAUACAGCUACCCUUCCUGAGCUAACUCCAGUAGACACCAGAGACACUCGUCAGAUUUGGAACUCCUAGGGUUGUUAUCAAGGCUUUAUCCCUCUCUGCCAACAGAGAUGGCAUGUCAGUUGCCAUUAGUGGCAUACUCAUAAUUGUAAUCUGCAUUACUCUGUUUUGUUUUUCUGCAUAGCAGUUUUUCUGUGAUUGGAGACAUCAGUACACUUCAGUCAAGGUUUAUAACUUAGUUUACAUAUACAGAUAUCCUUCAUCUUAGAUAAUACAGAAUUGCAGAUGCACAAGUGCAAUUAUGUACAACUUGCCAGGUAAACUGUAACAAGUUAAAAUGUAAGUAAAUAUAAAAGGUCAGUUUUCCUUCCACUGUUCUCACUGGUCUUUUAGUUUUAUAAUAAGCAUACCACCUCUUAGGCUGCUCAGUUGAACAUACAGCUUCCACAGCAUUGAUGGAGAUAGACCUUAAAAGAAAAUCAUACGACAUUGUGGCAAGUAUUAACAGAUAACCUAGGACAUGGAGAGUAAAAUCAAACAAAAAUAAAAAGGGUACCAUGAUGGUGCAUUCCUCUUUGAUGCAGAUUUUAUCCUUUGUCUUGUGUGUGUAUAUAUAUAUAUGUACAGUAGCUAAAUCCUAUGGCUUUGAAAGAAGUCUACAAACAAUUCUAUUGUAUAACAUUAAACAAAAUUGAACUGAAAAAAA